AUGAGAUUAUUUCAAUGCGUGACUUUCUUUCCAAUGCGGACAUUUCAACGUUAUACAAGUAGUACACGUUUACAAGUAUUUCAAAAUGCCACGCAAAUUGUCGAUCCGCAACGUAUUCGAAAUGUUGGAAUUAUUGCACAUAUUGAUGCAGGCAAAACAACAACAGUGGAACGAAUGCUAUAUCAUGCUGGAUUUAUUCGAUCUAUGGGUAAUGUCGAUGAUGGAAAUACAACAAUGGAUUAUAUGGAACAAGAACGUGAACGUGGCAUAACAAUAACAUCAGCUGCUAUAACAAUUCCAUGGAAUAAACAUCGUAUCAAUCUCAUCGAUACACCCGGACAUGUGGAUUUUACAAUCGAAGUAGAACGAUCAUUGCGAGUUCUUGAUGGAGCUGUUGCUAUUAUCGAUGCAUCUGCUGGUGUUGAAACUCAAUCACUAACUGUAUGGCGUCAAGCGAAUCGAUAUCAUGUACCUCGUUUAAUUUAUAUUAAUAAAAUGGAUAAACCAACAGCCAAUUUAUCAAUGUGUCUUGCUUCAAUUCGACAAAAAUUUGGAGUUGAACCUAUACUUCUGCAUUUUCCACUUGGUCAUGGAAAACAAUUUACUGGCAUGAUUGAUCUAUUAAAUGAAACACAGAUUUCAUCGAAUGAGCAAUUGAAAAUUUCAUCUGAACUUGUGACUAGUGAACGAUUAAAAUUAAUUGAAAAACUAGCUGAUAUAGAUGAUAAAAUAGCUGAUCUUUUAUUAUUUAAUGACAAACCUAUUUCGAGUACUCAAUUAAUAGAAGCUAUUUGUCGUUUGAUGAUACGUGAUCAACGUUAUGUUCCUGUGCUGGUUGGAAGUUCAAUUAAAAAUAUCGGCGUUCCAACAUUACUUGAUGCUAUCGUUAAUUUUCUUCCACAUGCACGAACAAUCCCAGGAUCAUCAAUAUCAAACAUGGGUACUUUUAUGUAUAUAUUUAAAACAGUUCAUGAUCGACAAAAACUACCAUUAUCAUUCGCACGUAUAUAUUCCGGUUCAGUGAAACGACGGAUGUCACUAUUUAAUGCGCGAACGAAUGAACGAGAACAAAUUAAUAAAGUUUUUCUACCGUUUGCUGAUAAUAUGGAAGAUAUUGAUGAAAUUCGAGCAGGAUCUAUUGCUGUUCUUAGUGGACUUAAAGAAGCAUCAAGUGGUGAUAUAUUUGUUUCAAAUAAAAGACCUGAUCUUGAUACAUUUUUACGUGAUCUUAAACAAAAAUAUAUAUUCUUACCUGAUCCUGGUCUAGAAGCGCCGACACCUGUUUUCUUUUGUACAAUUGAAACAUAUUCUGAAAGUGGACAAAAACAACUUGACUUUGCACUUAAAAAUAUAAAACGUGAAGAUCCAUCAUUACGCGUUCGUAUCGAUGAUCAAACAGGUCAAACCAUACUUUUAGGUAUGGGAGAAUUACAUAUUGAUAUCAUACGCGAUCGAUUAAAACGUGAAUAUGGACUUGAAACUUAUCUUGGCCCAUUAAAUGUUAAUUAUCGUGAAUCACCAAGAAAAAAUGUUCGACAAACUAUUGUUUGGAAUUCGCACAUUAAUGAACGACAUGCAACAAUUUCUAUAACUCUUUCUAUUGAACCGAUUGUAGCAGACGAUAAGAAGAUUAUUUCGUUUUCACAAAUUCGAAUCAUACGAACGGAAGAGCAGAAUUUUGAACAUUUAAGACAAGAUCAUAUUGAGUCAAUUAAUCUUGGUGUUCGUCUUGCUCUAUCGACAGGAUUAAUCAAAGGUGCUGAAGUAGUCAAUACUGAAGUAAAAUUACAUGAUGUUCAGUUCUCGGGCUCAAUAACACCAGCACUUUACUCAGCAGCAGCGUCUGACUGUGUUCGAGCAUGUCUUCGUCUUGCUGAUUGUGCUCUUCUUCAACCAAUGAUGCACGUUGAAGUUGUUUGUGUAGCUGAUCGUACACAAGUUGUCUUAGAUGAUUUAGCUCGAAGACAUAGUCAAAUAAUUGAUGUACAACAAGGUAUUCGUGAUGAUUUACAAGAAUCAAUGAAUACUGUAGUAACAAGAACACCAUUGGCUGAGUUAAUUGGUUAUAGUUCAACAUUAAGAACAAUAACAAGUGGACAAGCAGAUUUUACACUUGCUAUUGAUGGUUAUGAGCCAGUCCGCAGUCAUUAG